AUGCGCCUUGGCUAUUUGAUUGUGGGUUGCGCGGUAGCCCUCCUCGCUACAACCGAUGGAGUGGUGGACGCCUCGAGUAAACUUAAGCAGCUGUCCACUGAUGUCCCUCGUCCAGCUGAUGACAUUUCAUCAGAACGGUUCCUAAGAAGUCAAGAUACUCCUGAAGAUGAUGGAAACCCCGCGCACGAAGACCGAGGAUACUUAACAGUGCUUACCAACGCAGCCAUGCAUCCUUUGAGGGAGCGGAAAAUGAAGAAACAAAUUGCAAACUUGAUCAAGAUGGACGCAACUGACGCAGAGUUAUAUGCGGCAGGAGUGCAACCCCACCGUCUCUUCGACGUCAUAAGGCACAAAGACGAAUCUGUUGAAAUGUCCCUUUCCCAGUGGGUGACCAUGGUGCACCAGCAUCAGUUUCCGUCGGACUAUAUUUUGACAAGUCAAGCGUACCGCAGAUUUAAGCAAUACGCUAAAUUUUACGAUGGCAUGAAGAGAAAUGACCAACGAGUGGCAUCGACAACAUGA